AUGGACGAGCUCGACUCCGCCUCGGGGUCGAGCACAAGUAGCGUGGAGCCGCCGCGGGCGAGGGUGGCGGAGCUCGAGGCGGAGGCGGAGGCGCUGCGGCGGCAGCUAGCCGAGGCGCGGGAUCACGCGGAGGCGCGGGCGACGGCGGCAGCCGCGGAGGCGCUAGCAGUGGCGGCGCGCGCGACGGCAGAGGCGAAGGCCGAGGCGGAGACGCGGUCAGCGGCAGAGGCGCGGGCGGCGGCGGCGGAAGAGCGUGCGCGGCAGGCGGAGGAAGUGCACCGGGCGUACCGCUCCGCGGAGGAGGAGGCGCGGCGCGCCGAGCGGGCGAGGAGAGAGGACGAUGUUGCUGCACAGAAGCGAGAGAGGCAGCAGGCGGCGCAGCUGGCGGCGCUGGAGGCGAAGCGGCGGGCGGACGAGGAGGAGAAGCAGCGGAGGGCGGACGAGAAGGCGGCGGCCAAGGCGGCCACGGCGGCACGCAAGGAGGAGGAGAAGCGCGAGAAGGAGCGCAUUCGGAUUGAGACGAUUGCGGCGGCGGAGGCACUGAUCCCGCCUCGCAAUGCGGACAAGCCAUGCGGCCACCUCGCCUUUUGCGGAGAGUGCGCGGAGGCCCUGAUGAACAUGGAGACGGACAGAGGGGUGCGGAAGGACGUGUGCCCGCUGUGCGAGGAGGUGAUCGAGCGCGCAGUGCGCAUCUACAGCUGA